AGAACUAAUGAGACGAUAUAUAUUGAUUCCGAUAGAUGCUCGUCUCCAACUCACAGUCACUCCUUUUUUUUCAUACUUUAAUCAACGUUGCUUCUCGAAGCUACGUGCCCUUUGAAUUUGCAAGGUUUUGUUCUGCAAGUUAGAAUCUUGUGAGCGGCGAAAGAUGAGGCCUAUUUUUUGCGGGAACUUUGAGUACGAAACUCGGCAAUCCGACUUGGAGCGGUUGUUUUCCAAGUAUGGAAGAGUCGAACGCGUCGACAUGAAAUCUGGUAUAUUUUUCAGGCGAUUUCAUUUUUGUGAACAUCCUAUUCAUUUUUGUCUGUCAAUUUUUUUUCUUUUCUCUUCUGAGAUUGUUGGCGACUCUUGGAUUAUUGAUCAUAUUCUAUUAAAAUCUACAUUUUCAUCAAAUGUACCGGUUUUAAAUUUAAAACUCUUAUGAGUUUAGAUAUUUGUUUUGCUGGGGUUUGGGGGUUCCUUUGUUACCUUCAUUCAAUGAGGUGUGCCUUUUCUGGAUGACUACCUGAUUUUUGGUUGCAGCGGUUAAGUCAGCUGUACUUGAUUUGCUUCAGUUGAUGGAUAUAUGUCCAAUGAACUAAUUUGGUUUAGAUGGAGGCAUGCCGCUUAUAUGUAGUUGAUCUUAGCUGCAUUCACUUACUACUCAUGUAGGGCAUGCAUAUCCAUUUUCUAAAUAUUGCAGGGUGUAUCCUGUAAAAAAGAAAUUAAUGAAAAAAUCAGGAAAUAUGGUUACUUAUACGAGAAGGUCUCGAUAUUUAAGUGUUUGUUUUGACGCAGGAACAUCUACAAAGGAACCAUCUUCUCUGCAAUAAAAACCUCUAAUGCAAAGGCUGCCUACGUUCCUACCUGCUCUCCUAGUUGCAGAUGGGAAUGGUUCCAUAUAUCUUUCUCCCAAUCAUCCCAUUCAUUUCUUCAAUGCCUAGCAUUGCUAUCCCACCCAAAUGGUAAGGGUGGGGAUGAUUUCAGCAUGCCAUGCUUGCGUCCAUAAUGAUAAGGGAUCUAGUUGUCAGUUCAGCAUGCCAUGCCUUCCAUCACUAAUGUUAAGGCGAUCAAUGAGUUGUAUCACAUGCCAUGUCUUCCAUUUACUGAUCUCAUGCUGUGAUAUUGCUGAAGCAUGCUUAGCAAUGACUACUCAACUAUCUCCAUGAUCUUAGUUUGCCUCCACUAUUCAUCUUUCUUUAGGUCAACAUGCAAGGCCUCUACAUCCUUGCUUUCCUCAGAACCUUCGCAUGUUGGCAGGUUGUUUCACCUUCAGGAUUUGCUUUUGUUUACUUUGAGGAUGAACGUGAUGCUGAAGAUGCCAUCCGCAAUCUUGAUAAUAUACCAUUUGGGUAUGAUAGGCGUAGGUUGUCAGUUGAAUGGGCCAAGGGUGAACGUGGUAGGCAUCGUGAUGGGAGAGCUGCAAAUCAGAGGCCAACUAAGACCCUUUUCGUGAUAAACUUUGAUCCUUUGCGUACCAAAGUCCAUGACAUAGAACGACACUUCGAGCCCUAUGGGAAGCUUCUCAAUGUUCGCAUUAGGAGGAACUUUGCAUUUGUGCAAUUUGAGACUCAGGACGAUGCAACUAAAGCUUUGGAGUGCACCCACUUGAGCAAGAUACUGGAUAGGGUUGUUUCUGUUGAGUAUGCACUGAAGGAUGAUGAUGAGAGGGGUGGAAUGCAUGAGAGCCCCAGAAGAAACUAUGGAAGGCGUGGAGACAGUCCUUACCGAAGGUCGCCAAGUCCAGGGUUUCGACGGAACCGCCCAAGUCCUGAUUAUGGGCGUGACAGAAGCCCUGUGUAUGAUAGGUACAACGGCCCAUCGUAUGACAGGGGCAAGAGUCCUGAUUAUGGCAGAUUCCGAAGCAGGUCGCCUGUUCGAAGAUGAAGAACCUGAUGGCGAGUGUGUAAAUGAACUCAGGGUUUAGGCGAUGAAGGAUAUAAACUAGCUUUAUACACUAGUGCUUUUGUAUCUUGAAUUGAAUGGAUGACUUAUUUAUGUGCUUCUUCUGUAUUUGCCUGGUUUCAUAUAUGGAGCUUCUGUUUUUUUUUUCGUGCUA